CUAUCCCCACCCCACCAGCCCAGUCUUUCACUACCCUAGAAGCUCUCCUACGUCUACGCAAGCCGGGAGGAAUGGGGGGACAGCACCGAUAACAAAGGGUCGUCUCCCACACUCCGGAUGAGGAUGGGGUACUACUGGCAGGACAACAAUCAAAGCCUUCCUUCCUAGGUUCUUUACCUUAGAAGUUUCCCAUCAUUCACCGCGCCACGUGCGCCCCCAGCAAAGUCGGCACCCGCCGAAAGAGGCGGCCGGAAGCGUGAGGCGUGGCUUCCGGUCGGGCGGUGCGAGGCUCCUCUCGUUUCCGCCGGCGCUCAGAGUGACGUAGAGAAGCGCGCCGCGCCGCGCCGCGCCGCACCGCGUGUUUCCGGGGACAGUGCGGGCGGCGGAUGGAGGGUUUGGAAUCACUUGCUAAGAGUCUUGUCUCUUUGCCACUCAGGACAUCAUGGCGGCUCACCUGGUAAAGCAAUGCACAUGCCUCCUGAGAGAAGCUGCUCGUCUGGCCCCUGCCAUGGCUCCAAUUGGCCAACUGAGACUUGCCAGGGUAGCUCAUAAGACUCUGACUUCCUCAGCCACCUCACCCAGUUCCCACUUCUCAAGUUCCAUGAUGAAGCUGGUGGACAGUGAAAAAGUGUUUACUCUCUACCCAGAGAACCAUAUAGACCAGCUCAUCAAGAAGGCCAAAAGGCCAGAGGAGCUCCUGGAGCUCCUUGAUGCUGGUCACCACUUGAACAACAAUCAGGCGGCCCUCAUAUUUAUCCGGCUCUCUCAAUUGCUGUUCGAGAAGCCAGAAGACAAGGCCUCGCUCAUACAGGAUGCCCGCUUUCAGCAGCUUCUCCGUCUGCUCAACAGUCAGAUAUCCUCUGUCUGGCAUGGUACCCUCCCGAGGCUGCUGCGGAGCCUCUAUGCUCUGGGCCUCCCCGAGACCUCCAAGGAGCUGCAGUCAGUGGAGCAGGAGGUCCGCUGGCGCAUGCGGAGGCUCAAGUACAAGCACCUGGCCCUUCUGGCAGACUCCUGUGCCACUCUCUCACAGAAGCAGCACUCCAAGGAGCUGCUUGCUGAGCUGCUCAUGCACCUGGAAAGGCGCUGGACAGAAAUUGAAGAUGGCCGCACAUUAGUGACCAUCAUGAUGAAGGUGGGACACCUCUCGGAGUCACUGAUGAACCGCCUGGAAGACAAGUGCCUGGAGUUAGUGGAGCAGUUUGGCCCCGACGAGCUGCGGAAGGUGCUGGUGGUGCUGGCAGCUCAGAGUCGGCGGUCCGUGCCCUUGCUGCGGGCCGUCUCCUACCACCUGGUGCAGAAGCCCUUCCAUCUGACGAAAGGUGUGCUCCUGGACCUGGCCUACGCCUAUGGCAAACUCAACUUUCACCAGACCCAGGUGUGCCAGCGCCUGGCCGCCGACCUGCUGUCCCUCGCACCCAACCUGACUUCCGGUGAGGUGGCCCGCUGUGCCAAGUCCUUCGCCUUACUCAAGUGGCUCAACCUGCCCCUGUUUGAGGCCUUUGCCCAGCACUUCCUGAACAGAGCACAGGACAUCCCCCUGCCCCACCUGUGCAGCAUGCUCCUGGCUUUUGCGCGUCUGAACUUCCAUCCAGACCAAGAGGAUCAGUUCUUCAGCCUGGUACACGAGAAGCUGGGGUCAGAGCUGGCAGGCCUGGAGCCAGCCUUGCAGGUGGACCUGGUGUGGGCCCUGUGUGUGCUGCAGCAGGCACAGGAGGCAGAGCUGCAAACCGUCCUUCACCCUAAAUUUCACACCCAAUUUCUAGGGGGCGAGUCUCAGAAGGAUCAGAACAUCUUCCAGAAGCUGCUGCACAUUAAUGCCACUGCCCUGCUGGAGCACCCCGAGUACUCGGGUCCCCUUCUGCCAGCCUCAGCUGUGGCACCUAGGCUGUCGGCCCUUGACAGGAAGGUGACCCCCCUGCAAAAGGAGCUGCAGGAGACACUGAAGGGGCUGCUGGGGAGCACCGACAGGGGCAGCCUCGAGGUGGCCACGCAAUACGGCUGGGUGCUGGAUGCUGAGGUGCUGCUGGACAGUGACGGCCAGUUUCUGCCCUUAAGGGACUUUGUGGCACCUCACCUUGCCCAGCCAAUUGGGAGCCAGCCACCACCUCCAGGGGCUAAGAGGCUAGCUUUCCUGCGGUGGGAGUUCCCCAACUUCAACAACCGAAGCAAGGACUUACUGGGUCGCUUUGUCCUGGCCCGGCGACACAUACUGGCUGCAGGCUUCCUGAUAGUGGAUGUCCCAUUCUAUGAGUGGCUGGAACUCAAGUCUGAGUGGCAAAAAGGUGCCUACCUCAAGGACAAGAUACGCAAAGCUAUGUCUGAGGAGCUGGCCAAGUGACCUGUGCUGGUGCUUUGGACUGCAUGUCUGGGGGCUGACUCUGCUGGAGGUCUAGCUGUGAGCGGGCAAGAAGUGUCACCCUUGAGGACAAACCUCUGUGCAGGACCUUAGCCAGAGUGGGGAGGGCAGCCAGCAGCUCUAAGGGACAGAGCAUCCUCUUGUGUGUAAUAAAUUUUUAAUUUUGGUGUUGGACCCCGGGGUCCUUCCCAGGCUUUGUCACCCUCCACACUGUCAGCACUUGUCUGUCUGCACUCCUCUACCACGCACAGCCCACGAGGGCUGCUUUAGGGACAAACCUGGGUCGUCACCUGCCUUUCUCUCCCAGCUUCUCAUCACGUGUGCAUAUUCACAUAUGCACAUAUGUACCAGCCUCUUGGGUAGGGAUCUGGGUCAGCCCCAGCAGAGAGGUGGAGUCCUGGAAUUCUGAACCUCCAGGGAAGAGGAGCUUCAGUGCAUGGCUGGGGAUUCUGAUGGACCUGUGACUACUGAACCACAGCCAACCUGGGAGGCUUUCUCCCGUCUGUAGUCUCACGCUUAGGUGAGUGAAAGGCACCCUGGCAGAAUGUGGUGACAGGUGAUGUAAAGCACUUGGGAGAGUAGAUCCCACUUGGCUGACACCACAAUGCCAAGAGCCAGACUCCAUCGCAGUCUUCCCCACCCUGACCAGAGUCUUGUGCUGUCAUCACAGGAACUGGCUGCCCACACAGGGCUCUGACGGCCUUCCUACUGCUGCAGGGAUCACCAGAUGCUGGGAGGCAACAGGCUUUCUACCUUCCAGCCUCUGCUUAGAGACACCCUUUGGCAGGACCUGACUAAACAGCAGCUGGGACUGUGAGUCACCUCCAGCCAUGCAGAAUGGAGAGCGGGACAGUGGGGUGGAGCUGAGAGUGGAGAAGCCUGCUGCCCUCAGCAAUGCAGGCUCCCCAUCCUAGGCUGUUUACUCAAAAAGAACAAGUUACUGCUCUGUCUGACGCUUGGCCACUCACCCAAGCAUUCAGGUAGCUUUGUCCCGGCUGCAUUGGGCACCAUCAGGCACGGGUGAGCAUGGUCCCUGUCGUUUGCACAGGCUCGAGGGCUACCACAGGAGUGGUCCCUCGCCCAGUGGGAGGGGAAAGAGCUGCCAGAGGUGACUUCUGAAUCGAGGAAGAACGUCCCAAGGAUAAGAGACAGCCAGGACAAGUGCUCAGGGUGUGGCAGCAACUUAGGUCUUAGAGGGGGAUGCACAGCACCUGCAGGGGUGAGACCGAGGAGCUGAAGGAGCCAGUUCAGGAGAGCCUGGUAUGUAUCUAACCAAGGAAAUAAAAGCUCAUCCUCAGGGCUCCUGCCUUUUUAUUUUGACAUAAUUACACGUUCCUAUGCAGUUGUAAGAAAUACUGUGUGAUUCCCUCCAUGGCAGAGUAGGGUGCAAGGUCACACCCAGAUACUGACAUGAGCACAGGUCAAGCAGAAAGCAUUUCCAUCUCCAAAGGGCCCUCACACUGCCCUUUAUACUCACCCCCUCCUCAUCCUUCACCAGCAGCUGCAAGUCUUUGGUCAUUCUAAGAAUGUCACAUAAAAAUCAGGAUGUGGACUUCUGGAAUUGUAUUUCUUGACUUGGCAUAAUUCUCUGAAAAUUUGAAUUCUCAAAUUACUACAUGUAUCAGUAGUUCAUCUGUGUUGUGCUUUAUUCUGUGAUGUGGCUGUAACAUCCGUAUCCUCCCUUAACCCAGGGGAGAUAUCUGGGGGGUUUCCAGGUUUUCACUAUUACUGAUAAAGUAACCAGAAAA